AUGCCCCUAUACGAAGUCAGCUUUGCUGCGCCUCUCACAGCUGCCCAGAAAGCUGAACUGGCAAAGGCCAUCACUGAUAUCCACGCUGAAGCCUUUCAAACGCCACGAUGGUUUGUGAAUGUGUUGUUCACGGACGCAUCUCAGCACACUUGGUUUGUGGGUGGACGACCUCGACUCUCGAAUCGAAUCAUGGCAUGUGUGCGGAAUGGUGCCCACCGCACCAGGGAAGCCUGGGAGCAACUAUGUCAGGAUAUCAAUUCCGCGUGGCGUCGAAUCGUGCAUCCAAGUUACAUCGUCAAUGGGCUCCCUCCGAAUGAGCUGGAGUUGGCUGCUAUUUUCGUCACGGGCGAGCUGAUGGCGGGCUUUAAGGUCGGGCUGCCAGUGCCCAAAGCGGGAGAGGAGCAAUCGUGGGCACAGCAACACUUCGAAGUCUUUAAGCAAAGGGCAGGACUUGGUGACGAAGUUUUCGUUGAUUUUCUGGGCGAAAUGGAAGAAAGUCCUUGA